GGCCGCGGCGCGGAUUCGGGUGGCGGCCGGGGAUCCUGCAAGGUCCCUUCGGGCUGGGGCGUGAGUUCACUGAUGUGCUUGAAGAACUGCCUGGUUGGGGUCACCUUUUGUAUGUGCUACCUGGCUUCUUACCUCACGAACAAGUAUGUCCUGUCUGUCUGGAAAUUUACCUACCCUACGUUAUUCCAAGGGUGGCAGACAUUAAUUGGUGGACUUUUGCUGCAUGUGUCAUGGAAACUGGGCUGGGCCGAGAUCAACAACAGCUCAAGAUUUGGUAUUUUGACGUGGCUUCCUGCCUCAGUGUUAUUUGUGGGUAUAAUCUAUGCUGGUUCCAGAGCAUUGUCCAGACUGGCCAUUCCUGUGUUUCUCACUUUGCAUAAUGUAGCUGAAGUUAUCAUCUGUGGGCACCAGAACUGUUUUCAGAAAGAGAAAACUUCUCCUGCAAAGAUCUGUAGUGCCCUCUUCCUCCUGGCCGCAGCGGGAUGCCUUCCCUUCAAUGACUCUCAGUUUGAUCCAGAUGGAUAUUUCUGGGCUGUUAUUCACUUACUCUGCGUAGGAGCUUAUAAGAUACUCCAGAAGUCCCAGAAACCCAAUGUCUUAAGUGACAUUGACCAGCAGUACUUAAACUACAUAUUCAGUGCGGUGCUCCUGGCAUUUGCAUCUCAUCCCACAGGUGAUCUGCUCAGCGUCCUGGACUUUCCGUUCCUGUAUUUCUACAGAUUCCAUGGUAGCUGCUGUGCCAGUGGAAUUUUAGGAUUCUUUCUCAUGUUCAGCACAGUGAAGCUAAAAAGCCUUAUGGCCCCAGGGCAGUGUGCAGCCUGGAUUUUCUUUGCAAAGGUAAUCACAGCUGGUUUAUCAAUACUGCUGUUUGAUAUGAUCCUGACCAGAGCAACUGUAGGAUGCUUCCUGCUGGGUGGACUGGGAGAGGCCUUGAUGGUUUUCUCCCAAAGGAAGAUCUCCUAAAGAACACCCAGAGGUUGCCUGCUAGAGAUCACAGCACUGGGCUUCGUGCUCCCUGUCAGUGUGUCAGAAGGAAGAAAGGAGGAUCUGGACUGCUUCUCACCAUGUCAAGAAUAACACUUCCUGGGGGUCACGGACAGUUGCAGAGAAUGGCCUAUGUUGUCUUCCCACUCUGAGAGCAAGUCAUGCUGACUGUGCCAUGCCCAGUGGUGCAGAAACAGAUGCAGGGUUCCCCUAUACAGGCUAGCUCCCCUCACCUUGACAGACAGGAUGCCUCCCUUAAUCACUGUCCUCACCGCGUGGCGAUGCUCCCAGGCUGUUAUGUUGCACUUCUGUUUUGUGUUUUCACAUCUUUGAAGACUCCUCUGGGGGUAUUCUUUCCUUGCUGUCAUGCUGGCUGGCCUCGAACCCCUACUCACCCACUUAGGAGCACCACAAGAAUUCCUUCGAGGGCUUUCCAUUUAGGGCAGGGGAGGAGAGGGGAUUGAGCGGGAGUCCUGGAACAAGUAAGAAGCCAGCAAGGACAUUAGUACUCGAGUCGCAGCCUUUUCAUAGCCUCGUGUUGUCCUGUGUUCUUUUGAAUUCUGCACACUCCCCCCUCCCCGUCACCCCCAUUAGAAUAGCUUGGUGCUAAAUGAUCACCAGAGGGAUUAGGGUUUAUACGCACUGAUGGGUGUCCUCUCAGGGCGUUUAAACAAGUAUUUAAAUAUGUAUAUACAAGGGCACACACAUUUAUAUUUAUAUUCUUUAAAGCUUUUAAUCCAUUUAAUUCCCUAAUAUCUCCGAGGAAGUUUCAAACCAUUGAACACUGAAGUACAAUUUCCAGGCCAGAUUAAAACACUAAACCUUUGCCUCUGUGAGUCAAAAGAAAUGAAUUUGCAUGAAAUGAUCACUUGAUUCUAAACCCUCAAUGAAGGUUUAAGAAAUUAAUGCCUAAGUCCAAAUAUUUCUGCUCUGUUAUAACAAGUUAUUUGAAUACUUUAUUACUCUGCCAGGAGUUGAUUUUGGUCAUUUUCAGAUGUAGACGGUAAGGAAGUUUGGUGAGGCAUCUCCAGGCAGGACACCAGGCCCUGCAGCCUCAGGUGCUGAGAAGCCUGUCCCAUCUCAGCUAACUCAGUCAGUAGCCAUUCCUUAUGCAAGUUUUCUUCAGUUUGUUAAAGAAGCAGAAAAUGAAACCAAUAGGAAUGGAUUAGUAUAUUUGGAACUUCAAUACUUAUAUUCAUAUCCUUGUCUUUUUCUUCUUUUUUUAAUGUACUGUCCUUUCCUGGUCUGCUUGUCAUUUAAGGUAAAGAUGUUCAAUGUGUUCUCUUUACAGAGAAAGAGUUUCCAUUUGUUUUUUGUUUUUUUUUAAAGAUUUAUUUAUUUAUGCGUACAAGAGCUGGGUACAGGCCAGAGGUGCGGGGGAGCAGAACAGGCAGAUCUACUGAAAUACACUGCUGAGGGGAGCGGCGGGCGAGUCAGGAGAGGUCUGAUGAGCCAUGUAGGUUGCUCCCUGGCCGGCCGGGGAUUGAACUCAUGCUGCAGAGGCUGUGGAUUGCUUCAUAGUGCUGUGCUUAACCCCUUGCGCCACCAAGGAGGCCCUCCAUUUGCUUUUGUUCUUCAUUUGGGACGGCAAACAUUCUAUAGACUAAGAAUAAAGUAGGAAAUUUGAGGCUUAGCAUUUUCCUUGUUUUUUUACUUUCACAAAACUCAGAGGCCAGUUCUUUUCCAUUUGCAGAAAGUGGCGUCUAUCCAAAUGUCAUCUUAUGCCAGUCUUUCCAAGUGCCAUUAAGUAAAGAGAGAUUCUUGAGACUGAAAAGAACUGGGAUCUAUUAACAAGCCCAGGCCCCCAUUUCCAACAGGACUAACCUCAAAAACUUUGCUGAAAUUUUUUAAACUUCUCUGGCAUUUGUUUUGUUUGUUUGAUUUUUUUUUAAAUUGCAUUCCAGAAUCCCCUUGUUUUUAAAAUAUCAGCUCUUUUCUUACUUUGACACCAGCAGAGGAGAAGGUGUUUUUUUUAGUAUGCCAUCCUGCCUCUUACAGUUCCAUCUGUUCGUGAACUCAUGUUGGAGCUUCAGCCAUCACCUGUAUGCACCCUCCAUGUGCUCAGCUUCGACUGUUGUAGAAAUAAAUUCUAGCCUUUACCCAGGGUACUUCAGGAAUGGUGAGGUCAGGAGAAGCUUUAUUAUUCAUGCAUGAGGUCCCAGACCUGGGUAGCUCCGUAAGGUCUGAGCACCCAUUUAAAGACCAAGGGUUCCUUUUAUACACAACCGUGCCCAUAUCUAUUACAUGGAUAAUGUCAUUUUUCAGCAGGCACAACCAUUUGCGGCGAAGUCCCCAGGCAAGGUGGGCAAGGCAAGGGGGGAAAGAUGCAGGCAUUUGGGAAUGGCUUUGUGAGAGAGACCAGCUUGGCCGGCUGCCCGACCUCGUAGAUAAGAGUGCUGAGGCCCUGGCCAUGAAUCUUGAAAAAGAAGGAGCUGUAAGUAAGCAAACUUGUUAAUUAUGCCUGCGUUGGAGUGUUUGUUGCACCUGGGCCAGAUGUUCUGCUGGAAUCUAUUAUAUUCAUUUGCUCAAUAAUAUAUUUUCUCAUCAAGACUACAGGUGAGCCUGAGCUCUAUAAAUCAGGGGGCUGGCCCAGAUGAUUCCAGCACUCACAAGCUCUCAUUUUCUGUUACUCAUUAGCCCUCAGGGACCCCAGGUGGAGAUCUCCAAGUCAUCCCAGCAUUCCCUUCUGCCCAAAAUGAUCAGUUUGGUCAUGUCCUGUUUGGGUCCCAAUUACCUUAGGCCUUGUUGGCCCCAAGUCAAAGCCAGGGUGUUUUGAUUUUUUUUUUUUUUUUUUUUUGGUACAAAUAAUGCUUUCUGUCAAGAGAGGCAAGAUUGUAUAAUGGUAUUAUUAUUACUAAUCUAUGGAUAUAAAGAAAA